UUGAUCUCACCAGAAGAAAUUGAUGAAGCAGAAGAUUUGAUUCGAUCCAAUAAACAUAUACAAAAACUAUGUCAAGAAGUGGGAGUUUCACCUGAUCAAAUCGCUUGUGAUGGUUGGGCCAUAGGUUUUGAUCCUGAACUUUCUUUCGCUUCUCCUGGUAGAUUUCAACAAUGUCUUAUGUAUGCAAGACCUGAACCUGAUGCAAACAUAUAUGCCCACCCAUUGGAUUUCGUACCAGUAAUCGAUACAUUAACGAAAAAACUACUUCAAAGUAUUGACAACUCUUUAAAGUUUUCGGGUAGAGAUAGGAUUAAACCUCCUUGGACUAGAUAUGAAUAUUUACCUGAGUUCAGUCGUCCUCCUCUACGUCCACUUCAUGUUAUUCAACCUGAAGGUCCAAGUUUUGAAUUAAAAGGUAACCAACUGUAUUGGCAAAAUUGGAAGAUUCAUGUUGGUUUUAAUCAUAGAGAAGGAUUAGUUCUCAACACAAUAAUUUUUGUGUAUUCUUCGCACUUUUUAGUAUACCGUCCCAUGUUUUAUCGAAUGUCAUUGGUUGAAAUGGUUGUACCUUAUGGUGCACCGGAAGCUCCUCAUCAUAGUAAAUUCGCUUUUGAUGUUGGAGAAUACGGUUUAGGAAACUUAACUAAUUCCUUAAGUCUAGGAUGUGAUUGUUUAGGAGAAAUUCGUUACCUAAACGCCACCAAUGUAUCUCAUUCAGGUAAAGCACUUGUAAUCAAAAAUGCAAUUUGUAUACACGAAGAAGAUGCAGGUUUGUUAUGGAAGCAUACUGAGGUUAGACCUGGUGGUAGAUCUCAUUCGGUUAGGUCUAGAAAAUUAGUGAUUUCUUUUAUUUGCACGAUUGCAAACUAUGAAUACAUGUUCUAUUGGAAUUUCUUCCAGGAUGGUUCGAUUAACUUAGAUACAAAACUUUCGGGUAUAUUGAACUUACAUCUUUUAGGGCCUGAUGAUCCUACUGGUCCUCAUGGAGUUAAAGUAGCUCCUCAAAUCAUUGCUCAAUAUCAUACUCAUACCUUUUCAUUAAGAAUUGAUCCAAUGAUUGAUGGUCAGAAGAACUCGAUUUUGAAAACAGAUAUAGUAGCUUUACCAAAUCCAACUGGAUCUAAUGAAAAUUAUUUAGGAAAUGGAUUUACAUCUGAGAAAACAGUUUUGAAAACGACAGAUGAAGGAGCACAAGAUUAUGAUCAUCAUCGUGAUCGGAAUUGGACAAUUAUCAAUCCAAAUAAAUUACAUUAUUCAACUAAGGAGCCAAUAGGUUAUAAAAUCGUUUGUAAAGAUCAACCAAAGAUGUUAGUGAAGAUGGAUUCAAUGGUAUCAAAAAGAGCUCCAUUUGCAAAACAUGAUUUAUUUGUGACUCCUUAUGUUGAGAACCAAUUUUAUCCUGCUGGGAAAUUGGUUACUGGUACUACCAGUACACCUGAGGAUAGUAUAGACGAUUGGUUAAAAGGUAGUAAGAAGAUCGAUAAUGAAGAUAUUGUCGUUUAUUUAACAUAUGGAGUAAACCAUUUACCUACACCUGAACAAUUUCCAAUUAUGCCAGUUGAAGUUUUAACCGUUUCUUUAAAACCAAGUGGUUUUUUUAAUUUCAAUCCAUCACUUGGUAAGUUUUUAUCUUCAACUUAG